UCAUUAUAUAUAUCUGUCUCUCUCUCUUUCUCUUUAAUAAUGGGUGUAGAAUCUAACGAACCACUAACACCGGCUGGCCGGCUGUUCGUACAACCUUCGACCGAACAAAUCAUAAACUGUGUUCUUGGUCUCGACCACCCGGUUGGGCCCGAACUCACACGAUCAGUCAUCUUAAAUUCUCUUGUCAUCAAACACCCUAGAUUUACAAGCCUUUUAGUCAAAGACAAAAAAGGCCGUGAAUAUUGGCAAAAAAUCGAACUAGAUGUUGACCGUCACAUCAUUUUCGUCCCUGACCCUAUCAACAAUAAUAACGAUAAGGACAGGGACGACAAUAAAGACGAUGAUGAAACAGCGGUCAAUGAUUAUAUCGCUGACCUGACUGUUUCAUCUCCAUUGAGCUAUGACAAGCCUCUUUGGGAGGUACAUAUUUUAGCAUCACACAAGUGCGUCGUGAUGCGUCUGCAUCACGCACUUGGUGAUGGUGUUUCGCUCUUUUCGUUGAUGCUAACUAUGUGUAGAAAAGUUAGUGAUGGAGAUAAGAUGCCGGUUGUUGAGCCUUUGGUAUCAUCUUCGAGAAAUGAUCAUAGAAGAGAACAUCUUGCAAGUAGAUUUUUAAAGUUGUUGAAAAUGAUGUGGUUUACAUUGAUUUAUAUGUUCGAGUUUUGUUUGAGGACUUUGUGGGUUCGAGACAAGGAGACGGACAUUAGAGGAGGAGCAGGGGUCGAGCUGUGGCCGAGGAAGCUCGUCACGGCUAAGUUUAGCCUUGACGACAUGAAAAUGGUUAAAAAUGCCGUCGUGAACACGACGAUCAACGACGUCCUUUUUGGUGUUAUAUCCUUCGGGAUAUCAAGAUAUUUGGAAACUAAUUCCACAAAACCUCUUCAAGAAGGGCUUCGAAUCACUGGUGCAGCCAUUGUUAAUCUCAGACCAUCACCAGGACUCCAGGAUCUCACAGAAUUAAUGAAGGGAAAAUCAAGAUCAAGGUGGGGAAACAAAUUUGGCAUGAUGCUCUUACCAGUUUACUACCAUAAAAAGAGCUCGGAUCCACUGCAGUAUUUAAAGAGAGCAAAGAUGAUGAUUGACAGGAAAAAGCUUUCAUUAGAGGCUUUUCUAUCAUACAAAAUCGGCUAUAUUAUUAUGAAAUGCUUUGGAGCAAAGUUUGCAAGCUAUCUUAACUACAGGAUCAUUUGCAACACUAGUUUCACUAUAUCAAAUGUGGUUGGCCCAAAAGAUGAGUUCACAAUUGGAGGUGUCCCAGUUACCUACAUUAGAACAACGUCUUCAAGCUUAGCACAUGCAAUUACUAUGCACAUGGUGAGUUAUGCAGGAAAGGCUGACAUGCAAAUUCUUGUAGCAAAAGACCUCAUUCCACACCCAGAAAAAUUAGCAAAAUGUUUUGAAGAUGCACUUCUUGAAAUGAAGGAAGCUGCAUUGAAACUGAGAGGCGAUCUACCAUCUAAACUUCCAUAAAGUUAUGGGUAUAAGAAUGAUGUUAAAUAUCAGGUAGGAAACUAGAUUUGUAGGUGCUACCACGCAUGUUAGAAAGUCAACAGUUAAAAAUGCUACGAGUUUGAAGUAAAUAUAUGUGGGCAAAUAUGUGGACAUUGGCAUAAGCUAUUAAGGUCCAUGACAAUAUUCCAACAUAUACCAUUUAAACUAUUAAUCCUAAGUGAUCAGAUACAAUAUAUUAUUCACAAGACUAA